UAAUCGAAAUGGCGGCUAAUUAAAGUUAAAGAUAAUAUGAGUUGUAAUGGAGAAAUUUGUCUGUCUUGAGUAUAUAAUGAGUUGGAAAAUACGAUAGAAUUUGAGUCAAGCCAUAAGCUAUGGAGGGAACUGUGGCAGGAGUACGAAUUGUCCCCCCUGUGGUGGAAUUUUUCGAUGCUGAGUCGGACGUUGUUCACCAGAUGACACUGACAGUUCAAAACUUGAGCAAGACAUCGAAGAGCCUCCGAUUUCACGGGCCUGCGUCAAAUAGUUUCAGAUUAAAAGUAAGGAAUCCAGACCAUGCCAUUGCACCAGGGCUAGAAGUAUCAGCUUUGGUUGAAUACUACACUACUAAAGGUGAAGAUGCACAGGACAGAGUUAUACUAGUGGUUGAUAAUGAUGUUGUGGAGAUUCCUCUUGUUGCAUAUACACCUGGUCCACAGCUGGAACUGAGUGGUCCAGCAGAUUUUGGUGUGACAGUAGCUGAUGGUAAAGUCUUAAUGCGUGAAAUUUAUAUAACAAAUGAGGGAUCAUUGACAGGAGAGUUUAAAAUAAGGUACAGUGGCAACCAGCCAAUCACAAUUAUGCCAUCAGGUGGCAUUAUUAAGUCAGGAGCAAGACAGUUUGUCAAGGUUGAAUUUAUAAGCAAGACUCCAGGGGAGCUAAAUGAAGACGCACAAGUCAAACUGGAAGGCCAAUCUCCAACAACUCUUCAAAUCAUUGGGAAUGUAGUGGAGCGGUCUCUGGAGUUGUUGACUUUGGAUACAGAAGAAAAAAUUGAAACAAUAAACUUUGGCUCAACAUAUUAUGGGACUGACCAGACUCAGUCAUUUCUUAUUUAUAACAAUGGGCCAGAUGUUGCUAAUUUUGUUGUUAUAUUGGAAGAGGGUGGAGAGGGACAGGAACUGGGGGUGGACUUGACCAAGAGUGCUACAGCAAUGUUACUUUCUCAAACAAGUGCUCAAGAACUGGGAAAUGCUAAUGACUUGACAACACUGGUGACUGCCUUACCGAGCCAGGGGAUCCUUUAUCCACAAGAAAAAAGAGAGAUUCACUUCAGAUUUAGUCCAAGAUACACAAAAUCCAGGGAAGGAUGGAAGGCUAGUGAUCAACCUCCCCCAAGGAAAGAUUACACUCUUUUUAUGCAUAUAGAGACUGUUGGCAGUGUUUCUGGAGGUGGUAGUGGCAAUGGAGGAUCUAGAGUUGAAGUUGCUGUCUUAGGAACAGCUUUGCCUGUGCUGCUCUCUAUCUCACCCAGUCCUGUGUUCAAGUUUGGAGAAUGUUCAGUUGGUGAACAAGUUGAUGCACUGUGCACUGUAAACAAUGAAUCAGCCAGCUUGCCAUUGAUAUUUUCCCUACACUCAACAGCACACUUCCAUUCUUCACCAUCACAAGCUCAUAUUAAUCCAGGAAAGUCGUUAGAUGUGCUGUUAACUUUCAGGCCCAAUCAGAUGGGAUCAUUUAAGCCAGUUGUUCCUCUGGAGGUUUUAGGAGGCACUGUUGAGCAGUUUUCAUUUGAUGGGGAUCCUACUGUAGUGAGGCUGGUACCAAUAUAUACCACUCCAAUCACUCUUCAUGGUACUGGAACCAGGACAACCAAUAAACUCAAAACACAACCAGCACCUGGAGUUCCACAGAUUGCCCAUCCAAAUGAUCGUGCAACCAGUGUCCGGCCAGCAAAGAGAAAUGAAAAUGUCAAAACAUUAUUCACAGGUAUUGAGAGGUAUACCUAUGUAGACCCUGAUUAUGCCUUCACUGAGGAGGAAGAACAACUCAGAUUGCAACAUAAGCAACAAUAUUUGGACUAUAUUAAAUCUUUGAGGAAAAGUAGACGAGCUGACAGUAAGAGAAGUGACUUUCAUCAGUUAAAUAAUGACACUGAUUUAGGAAUGAAAAGCGUCAUAGGAUUAAAACCUCCCAAGAUCUCAGCAAAAGAGCUUACAUCCCCAGUCAAAGCUCUUUCUCCAGUUAGUGAUGAAGUGAAGUUAUUGAGUUCCAUGGCACUUGCAGAUGAAAAGUCAAAGACCCUUUCAAAAAAAUUGAGUGAUGGCUUGAAUGCUGUGCCAAUGACAGAAAGGGAGAAGCAUGACUGCUCCUCAGUACUUUCUCCACAGGAAUUAAAACUUGUAGAUAUUGGUCCUUCUCUGAUGGACUUUGGACAAGUCUGUCUACGUUCUGCUAGCAGUAAAGAUCUUAUGAUUGUUAACAACUUGAAUAGUUUCAUUCAUGUUGUUGUUGAGAUUGACUGUCGUGAACUUCGUCAAACAUCUCCAUUGUCACAAGUAAUUCCCCCAAACUCAGUUGCAAAGCUGGCAAUGAUGUUUGAAUCAAAUGUAAGGGGUAGGUUUGAAAGGAGCAUUAAUUAUAGCAUUAAUGGCUAUCACCGUCAGCACAUUGUUGUCUUGGCAGAAGUUGUUUCAGUAGCUUUGGAACUGUCAGGUGAUAAAGUUCUGCUUAGACCCUGUCCAGGCUUAUUGGCUGAUUCAGGUCUUAGAGGUUCCAUCACAUUGAUAAAUAAAAGAAACUACCCAGCUGAAUUUUCUUGGUCCCCUGUUGUAAAUGAAAGGGGCACAGCAUUCUCCAUAAGACCAUCAAUAGGCACUGUUGAUGCAUUUACUAGCCUGGAAUGUGAGGUUGUCUAUCAACCAACAUUUUCUGCUCCUGAGGAAACAGAUUUCCUCGUUCAUGUGACUGGAGGAAGUGAUUUGAAGCUGACCUGUGUAGCUAAGCUUAGCUCUACUCACUGCACAUUUGUGGAAAGAAGGCUUUUGUUUGGCUCAGUGCCACUUCAUUUAACAACAGUGAAGUCUGUGUCACUUCAAAACACAAGUCAGAACCAUGCUUACUUUGAGGUGAUUGACACUUGUCCUAUCCCAGGCAUGAUUAUCUCCCCAAAGGAAGGAGUUGUUCCAGUUGGGGGAACAGCAGAACUCCAGGUGGAGUUUACCCCUAAUAGUAUCCACAAGUUUGAUACUCACAUUCAGGUGAAUGUGCGAGGCUGGAAGACCAUCUCACUUAGGGUGGGAGGCACCAUAGAACCUCCUUGUGUGGACAUCGAUGUGAAUUUAUUUCAGUUUGGUGGAGUCCACUGUGGUGCAUUGGCAACUAUUAAAUUUCUCUUGACCAACAAGACUCGCACUCAAGCCAACAUGGUAUUUGACCUGAGCAGAUACCUGGACUUUUCACUCAAGUUUCUGGACAAUGAUAUUGAGGAUGAUCCAGUGGAUGAUGGCAAUGGUGUUUACUAUGUCUCAUUAAAAAGUCAAAAAGUCUUGGAAUGUGCUCUAGAAUUCCAACCUUCGGAGGUUGCAUCUUAUGAUUUUAUUAUCCCUGUCAGCAUCAAUCACACUGUAGCUCCCACCCCAGCACCUUCAACCUUUCCCCCAACACCUGCUCCCUCACACAUGAACUGGACCAUAUCUGAGCUCAUAACCCCAGUACCAUCCCUAGCUGGCGUGGCCACUCCCAGUCGACGCAUAGUGGCAACAGCUCUGCGUCCCCCACUACAGAUUUCACACUCUGUUUUGGAGUUCCAUCUUCCAUCUGGUUACUUUGAACUUGGCAUUGAAUCUGGGGCAGGACGUGCUCAGGGCUGUUUGUUUGUAAACAACAGUGACAAACCCCUGUCUUGGACUUUACACACUAAAGCUGCAGGACCCUUAUUGGAGGAUGGAAUCUUUAAAUUUCUUCAUAGAACAGGGUCACCGUUUACACCAUCCUCAGCAGGGAAGAAAAGUGUUAUUCCUGAUAUUACCUUGGAAAGUGGAGAGACAUUUCAGUUGGGAGUUCUGUUCACUCCACAAAGCCCAGGGUUAUUUGUGGCACAUGUUCCCGUAAUAUUAAAUGGCAAUAGAGAAAUGCCGUAUCGGACAUUGACCCUCAGAGGAGAACUGCUGGCUCCAAGCCUCACUUUUGAUCCUGACAGUAUUCGGCUAAUGCCUGUUCCUCUUUGUACCAAAGUGUCAGUGAACUUCAACAUUACUGCAAGGGGAUACAGAAGAGCUUCAGUGUUAGACUGUGAAAUCCCACAAGUAGAAUUAGAGGAUGGCAGCUUGCAAUCGGUGCUGGAAAUAACAUUUCCUGGUGGACAGUCAAUUCAGCCCUGUUGUACUAACGAUGACAACACACAACCUUGCGUGAUUCCUUGUACUGUAACAUUCCAGUCCCCCAGCCCUGUUACUUGCAACACAGCUAUCGUCUUCACAGAUGGAAAGGAAAAGUAUGAGCUGCCUGUGACUGCCACUGCUGAUAACUGUUUGUUCUCCUGUUAUCCCUUCCUGGCUGCUCAUCAAACUGAUUUUCAUAUCGUCUGUGAACAAAAGGCAAUAUCCAUUAAAAAUAAACAAACAGACACCCAAGACUUCCCACCUGGGGAACCUGUGUUCAUGCCGUGCAUAACCCCCAACCGUCCCCCCACAGUAGCCUCAACAAGUGCAACAAGCACUAGCUUUGGUAUUAGCACGUCAACAUAUCCCGAGUCAAGUAAUGAAGCCACGUCAUCAACCUACCCGUCAACGCCACAUCACGGGGAAUCCCAACCAGGGGGCCCUGUUCGGGGGCCGUCUGACGGGUCUGAAACAAAUGGGACCUUUGUCUUGGGGCCUGGAGUUGAGAGUGAUGAGAGAAAGUUCAUGAGGAAAGUUGUUGGUGCAGUGCAGAGAUACUUCUCUGGACAGGGCUGGUCUGGUGGGCCCUACCCAAUAUCGAUACCUCAGACUCUGCGAUCGGCCCUCCAGGACACAAGUGAUCCUCAAGUUGGUGGCACUGGGGCUGCAAGGACUUCAAACUGGGAUAAUAAUUCCAAAAUAGAGCUGAGAUCAGCAUUUGAUCUGAUCAGUCAUAUGUGUGGUCGUCCUGUCCCAGGAAUACCAUUGGCAUCUACUCUUCCAACUUGUCCAAUUGAUCGUGUGCGACAGGUUCACUGGAUGUACAGCACACUUCUUACGUUUUUGAGGACUCAGGGUGCAAUGGUGUCUCAUGUUAAACCAGAAGACUUGUUAGAUACCGCUGACUAUAUCCGCUGGCACAAAAUCCAUGGAAAACUCAAAGGAAUGGAUAAAGAAGAUUCCAGCAAGGAAAGAGGGAUAAGCAAGUUGGAAGUAGCACAGUUUGAGACUAGCUCUACCCAGGCAUGGACUCAUAUCCUGCUACAACUCGUUAAGGUUUUAAUACUGAGCCGUAUCACCCCGCAUCAGUUCAAGAAGCUUCAGUUUCCAAACAAGAAUAUUCCACUGCCUGAAGUGAAUCCCGAUCCACUGACUAGCAAUGUUUAUAGUGUGGGAGAGCGGAUCUUGUUAGCGUGGAUCAACCAUCAUUAUAAUGUCCAGAGAAACAUCAGUUGGCCUGCUGCUAUUGGUGGAUCCAGUCCUCCGUGCCGGUGGAUUGUGAACUUCGAUGUCGAUUUCAUGGAUGGACUGGUUUUGGCAACUCUUGUGAGCGCUCAUGUGCCGUUUGCGAUUUCAACCCAUCUUCAUUCCAUGUACACUCGGCCCAGCAAGGCUGAACAGUGCCUGCAUAAUGUGAUCAAGGCUGUUGAGGCUCUCAGGCACGUUGGUUUGGACUAUGAUAUUCAGCCAACAGACCUAACGGAGCCGAACCCUAUCGCAGUUGUCCUGCUGUGCAUUCAUCUGUACCAGCGCUUACCUCAUUACUUGCCACGCGCCACGGUCACCUUUGAAGGAUCACUGCAUAAUACAGUAACAAAACAUGUUCGACUUCAAAAUCCUAGCACCAAACCCCUCGUGUAUCAAGCUCUUUUGGCGGGGAAGGACGCGGCGGACUUUUGGUUACCAAUGGGAGACACAAUUCAGGUGUCACCUAAAGGCCAGCUACAGAUGCCAGUUGAGUUCAAGAGCCGUUUUCUCAGACCGUGUAAUGCAACUCUGGUUCUAGUUGGAAAACGUGAAGGAAGUCCAUGUGGUAAUACAUUGGUGUUUACUUUGAACACCUGUAUCAACAACAUUUUGCCUGUGGCGACAAUCACAAGUGAGUCACCAUGUUACCAAAUUCAGAAGGUAAACUUUGACAUCACCAACCCAUUUCCGUCGACCGGAGAGUUUCGUAUUGUACUGGUAGAAGCUCGGAAUUCGUUCCUAGGAACAUCACCGCCCAAAGUGAAGGCCUCAAAAUCCAGCAAGAGUUUAAAGAAGGUUGGGUCAAGGACUGAUCACGGGCAAAUGAACAAAUCACCAAGAAGAGAAUUUGCUCCCAAAAUAGAACAACAUAAGAUGGAGACAGUCACAGCUCCUUCAUCACCUCCUACACUAAGUGCUUUUUGGUCACCCAUCAAAAACAUUUACCUUGAGGCUAACAGCAGCGCCACAGCAGAAAUUCACUUCUUACCUUUUGAUGUUGGCUUCAGGCAGUGCUCAAUCCUCUUUAUUAAUGAGAAGAUUGGCGAGUUUCUCUACUGCAUUGAGGCGACUGCCACCCCUCCACUGCCUUCCCCCAUGCCAGUGGUCGCCUCCCCGCACAGUGUCCGGAUCAGCAGCGCUGCAGCAGCUAGGGCUGGUAGGGGGGCAUUCGGUGGGGACGAGAGGGUGGUGUACUGGAAAUGUGAUAAUGACGAGUCUUUUACAGAGGACUUGUACAUUCCACUUGUUAAUGAGGCGAGAGAAAAUGCUUUAGCAAUUACCGCUCAGCAGCGCAUGUCAGAACGGGAGUUCCAGCGCCGAAUGAUGACAGGUACCUUGACCAGCUGUUCUGUCACCGCAAGUGUGGCUGCGCUGGGCCUGGGAGGCUUCAAAUUCAUGCAUCCUGGGGAUCCUAAAAUGAAGAGAGCGCUUGAAAGAGAGGUCACUGAGUUCCACACAGAGGUGAGCUCCAAGUAUUUCCAGGCUCCCUCCAAGGUUAUCAUACCGGCGAGUAUCGACAAAAAGAGUGGUAAGAAUACAGUCCCAUUGCCAGUGACUUUCCAACCCAGUGGACCUGGGCACUACCCUUGUCGAAUUGUUCUUAAAUCAGCGCAUGAUAUGAGAGUAUAUCAGCUGGAAUGUACAGUGACUUCCGCGGGCUCAGCUCUUGAGUUGGAGUUCACAUCACCAACACAUCAAUCAGUUACUCAGGACAUACCUGUGGUGAACCAAAGUAAUCAGGACUGGCAGUUGGCAGCAAGCCUGGAGGGAGAGGGGUUCUAUGGACCCCCUUUCAUGGUAGCAAAAUCUCGGCUCACCACCAACUACCCCUUGAUGUUUAAACCCUGUUACGAAGGCCAUGUGGAGGGAAAGCUUGUGUUGACGAACACUUUAGACGGCGCAGAGCAGGUCUACAGGCUACUGGGAACAGGGCAAAAGCCGCAUCCACUGGAUCACAUCUUGAUAGAGUGUCCUGCUAAACAAAGUGCAACCUAUAGCUUGCAAGUGCCAAAUGUGACGAAAAAUAAACUUAUAUUCCAGGUCAAGACUGACCUAGAUAUUGUUAGCGGCCCAUCAGCAGUUACGGUCCUUCCAAGCAAGACCGCAGAACACGUGAUCACUGUCUCACCUUGGAAACGAGGCACAUUCAAGGGAAUCGUUUCCUUUAUAUCAUCCGGAAAGUAUUCUGGCAGCCUUGAUACUGCAAGAGUUGAAGAUGACGAGAAACAGGACGGCUUUAUGGAUUACAGGAAGGCUCCUAACGAUGACGUUGAGGAACUCUUAUCACAGGAGCUUAUGGAUGAUCCUAAACUUCGACCCUACCGCUUGUGGUACACUGUAGAAGUUCAAGCCUCGAGACCGCAGCCUGAGAGAACCCUAGAAGUGACAUGCGCAGCACAUUCAGCAGUUGCAGUUGAAAUAGCAGUAACUAACCCAACCCGAGAUAGAAUUGUUAUGGACGUACUUAUUGACGGCGUGGCUUUGUCUGGUGAGCCCACAAUCGUCUUGCACUCCCUACAGCAAGUCAGAUAUCAAGUGACGUUUGCCCCAACUGUGAUUGGUGAAUAUACAGGCAGUGUAAUCUUCCAACAUGAAGCAGUAGGAGAGUUUUGGUACAAUCUUAUGCUCAAGGCAACCACUCCUCAUCCUUCACAUCUUCCCCCAAUUCAUUGCGAGAUUGGCAAGUCCACUUAUCAGAUGAUUCGCCUCCUCAAUCCAACAGACGAGUCUCUUGUCCUCACACCUCACAGCUCAAACACAGCUAACUUCAAUCUGGAACUGGGUGACACAAAACAGAUCUUAUUGGCCGCAAGUGGUUUGCUUGAAGUACCAGUCAAAUUUACACCAUCGGCUAUCGGACAACUGCACUCCGCGGAGAUUUCCUUUCACUGUCCUCAGCUUGGCAGUUGGAUUUUUCUGGCCUCUGGUACUGGAAUGAUGCCAGGACCUGUGGAUCCAGUCAACAUCUACUCACAACUUGGAGGCAAUUCGUCUGUUAUUAUUCCGUUCGAAAACCCUACGGAACGUCAAGUCAUCGUAGACGUUGUAAUGAAGGAGCAGCUACCAUCACGGAGUGGCUCGUUGUUCACAAGCCUGCGUAGCGACACUCAGCCCAAAGACUCAGUAUUCUGUCUCCUGCUCAAACGAGCUAAAGGGAUAAUUCUAGAACCAGGGGCUACCCUGGAUAUACCAAUCUCCUUUGCACCAGACACCAUGCAGCUACACGAGGCUACAAUAACUGUGACCAUGCACAGAGACACUGAGGACACUUGGAAUGGGAACUAUCCAAGCGUGAUGAGCACGCGUAUGGUGAAUGAACUUCACUGGAUAAUUCCUGUCCGAGGUAUCCCAGAAUCAUAUCCUAUCAAGGAAUCCCAGGCCCCGUGUAUUGAGUGUAAGGCUCGGAGCCGAGUGGAAGAGAGACUGGAAGUAACGCUUACCGGAUUGGCCCCUAAUAACGCCACUUCAGGUUUAGGGCGUUACCCUACCAUCACUCCCAUCAAUUUGCUAGGGCGCCACCUACCUGGAGAAAUGGAAUAUGGAGUGGACUACUUGAAUGUGCCUGAGGAAUUCAGGUAUGAACUAAUUUAUGAUGAUGCAGAAUGUCAGACAUGUCUUGAACGAUCGCUGGGCGUGAGUCUCAUGAGGAAGAUCAAGAAUCAAGUGUCAGGAGUGGUCAUUCUUGUGUUUAACUUUGUAUUCUCACCAUUUAAGCCAUUCAGCCACAAGACUCAGUUAAUGAUAUCAGCAGCUUCCGGUGGGGUUUGGAGAUUUCCUCUGAGGGUACUUGCCACUGAACCGGUAGUCGACGAUACGAUUACUAUCGACUCUGUUGGACUGAACAAGGAGUCAGUUGUGGGUUUCAGAAUGACGAGUCAAAUGAGACACACCCUUCCGUUUGAAGCGUUUUUCGCUCCUAAUUCUGACCCGGAGUUCACAGUAGCCCCAACAUCCGGUGAACUAACUCCUGCAGGUACCGAAGGAACACUUAUCAAGGUUUCGUAUAAGCCCCAAAUUUACGGCAAAACGCACAUGGCCAAACUGGUAGUUCAGACCUCUGAUAUGCAGUGGACCUAUGAUGUCAUCGGUACAACUGCUGACUAUAGCCCUCCAAAUGUGCGAUCGAAAAUCGUGUCUAAUAGCGCCAACUUACGUAGGACAGUAAAGCAAAAGAAAAACUACGUACUGGACAACUUGAAGCUCCAAAGUACCGCAGUGUCAUCUCCGUACAAAGGUGUUCCACUAGUGCCUCGAUCAGCCAGAUAAAAUGCACACCAGACGGGUUUAACAAUUUAUAUUAUCAUAUGUACAUACUAUUUUCUAAUGUGACAUGCUCAUUUCCACUUGCGAAAAAUGCUCAACGUGUUGUAAGUUUGUUGGUUGUUUCUUUUCAAGUACAAUAUAUCGUUUUGUAUCUGGUUUACAGUAAACCAUCUAACACUAUAAUAAAAGCAUUUCUCAAUUGAGUA